AAAACCCCCUUUACUGUUUAUUCACUCACUUUCAGUUCUCUUUAUGGCCGACGACACUUGAGUCGAUUUUACUUUUAAAUUGUUUAGUUUUUUUAAGUUUCUUUAAGUUUUGUAUUUAUUUAUUUUUUUUAUUUUAACCCAUCCGAUAAUCGUUAGUUUUUGCGUGCUUUAUGUAAUAAAAAGUAGAGAAAAUGAAUAAAAAGUGUGCCAGAUGUGAGAAAACAGUGUACCCGAUAGAAGAGCUUAAGUGUUUAGACAAAAUAUGGCACAAGCAAUGUUUCAAAUGUCAAGUCUGCAAUAUGACAUUAAACAUGAGGAAUUACAAAGGGUUCAACAAAGAUCCAUACUGCGAGGCGCAUAUUCCAAAAGCCAAGGCCACAACAGUCGCAGACACUCCGGAGAUGAAGAGAAUCGCUGAAAAUACAAAACUACAGUCUAAUGUAAAAUAUCAUGCGGAGUUUGAAAAGACAAAAGGCAAAUUGACACAAGUCGCCGACGAUCCGGAAACAUUAAGGAUAAAACAGAACUCUAGAAUUAUAAGUAAUGUUGCGUAUCACGGCGACCUGGAGAAAAAAGCUGCAAUGGAACAAAAGAGAAAUAUCAACGGAGAGCCUGUCGAUACUGGACCAUCUGCAGGCGAUGCUGAAAAUAUGAAUCUAAAACAACACCAAGAAUACAACGUACGGCCUCCAACUCAUCAUCACCAGCAGCCCGUAAACAGGGAUUACAUCCAUGCGGAAAUGAACAAUAAAGUUCAAAACUCGCCAUAUUCGGCACGACAGACUUCAACGGUUAUAUACACUUCAGAAAGGGGACCAGUUAACAGUCCUGUUGGAAGGCAAAUUGGUUCUAUAGCUGAUUUAGAUCCUGUAAACAAUUACUACGGAUCGCUCAGCUCUCAUAAUACAAACCAUCAGGUGGUACAACACCAGCAACAGCCACAACAACAACCUCCACCACAUCGUGCCUCUGGUAGAGUUUACAGAGCCAUGUACGACUAUGAAGCCCAAGAUCGUGAUGAAGUGUCUUUCAUAGAUGGUGAUAUAAUAGUUGAUUGUACUGCUGUCGACGCGGGCUGGAUGACGGGCCUCGUUCAAAGGACUGGGCAGAUGGGAAUGCUCCCAGCGAAUUAUGUUGAACCAGCCAUUUAAAUUAAAACCACGUUCACAUCACAUAAACCGGUGUAUCAUCAACCGAUAAAUUCCCCGCUUGAGCAUUUGAAAUGUCUUUUAACUUUUUUUUUCUUUUUUUUUAAUUUUUCAUUUUAAAAAAAUCCAAUUUUUUCAUUCCAUUGUAUUGAAAUAUAAUUGGCCAUUCCAUUAUUGCAUUUUUUUAAAUGUAAACUGUAAUUUAUGCUUAAAUAUUUAUUUCUGCUCUAUUUUAAUUACAAUUUUUUGUUAACCAUUGAGUUAGGAUGUAAUACUGUUUUAUCAGAGCCAAACUUGAUUUGAAAAUGUGCCUUUAAGUAAAAAAUAUAUUUUAAUUUUUUUUUCCAUUUAAUUUUAAACUUUAAAAACACAACUCUUUUUUAAUCAUUUUUAUUUAAUCGAUCAAGUUACCAUUCAGACAAAAGUUUUUUUUUCCUAACUGUAAAAGCUAUUACUUAACUAUAGUAACAUAACAAUUUUUAAAAGUAAAUCCUCCAACAAAUGCGGAAUGAACAAUUAAUUCCUACUUUCGUUUCAAAGAAAUGUCACUUGUGAUUUUUAUUGAAUUUUCAAGUUAGUCUCAUUACUUUGAACAUUUAAAUUAUUUCGUUGCGAACAAACACUGAAAUUGUGUUUCAAUUCUACCCAAAAAAGUGCCUUAAAAUUUAAAAUAAAAUUGUUUUUAUUCGCCUAA